AUGUCCUUGUUUCGAAGACUAACCCUCUUUGCAAUUGUCGCUAUCACAUCAGUGUUUUCUCUCCGCAACCCAGCACAAGAGGAACAUGCAAUUUUUAAAAUUACCUCCCAUACUCAUGAUAAAUCAACAAUUAUUGGUUUCUUGCAAGAUGUCGCCAACAAAAUUGCCGUAUCCCCAGCACACUUGAAUCGAUUCCACCAAUGGACCACCUCAUUAAGCUCAUCCACCCUCACAAAGGAAGAUAAACAAUGUCUUGACAACUCGGUAGUCAAAUUCUACAUUAGAUCUUUGAAAUUAACAGAACACAUUUAUGAAGCCAGUGAAUGUAGAAUAAAUUUGAACCCCAAAAUGCAAUCCAUACUACAGCCAACACCAAAUAUCCACAACUUAUUGUUGGGAGAUAACGAUAUGCUUGAAAUUCAGUUGAAAUAUGUUUUAAUGGACGAAUUCAACCGAUAUCAACAGUUUAAAGACUACAAGUUUAACGACUUUCAGCAUUUGAAUUAUGGGUUAGCUUGUAUUAUCGAUUACCAACAGUUGAUGCAAGUGGAGUUGAUGGAAACAGUAGUAGAAGCAAAUUUGGAAAGAAAAGUGGAGGUUGAUGAAGCAUGUGGGUUGAAUGCACUAAAUCAAAACUUUAUUGGGACAGCUAUUGAUUAUAUAACGACUCAUGUACCAAUCAAUGGUACUUUUUAUUGCAAAAAGGGAAGAAGUUCGACAUGUAAUAGGGCUAUAGCCGAUUCUGCAAAUGCACGGUACAAGCUUCCCAACUAUUAG